CAAUCUCUCAGUCCAGGUCAUCUCAUUUAUUGCCGCCCUGCAUUAUAGCAGAAUGCUCCACAAACCCGUCAUUGUGGUCGCCCCGGCCACCGUUCUGCGGCAGUGGGUCAACGAGUUCCAUCGCUGGUGGCCGCCACUCCGCGUCUCCAUCUUGCACUCCUCUGGAAGCGGCAUGUUCAAUGUCCGUGACGAGGGCGAGAUCGAGGACCAUGUGGAUGACUGGGAGGAGAAGAAGCCCAGAAAGUCCAGCGCGGCCGCGAGAAAAAUCGUCGAUCGGGUGGUCAAGCAGGGUCAUGUUCUGGUCACAACAUAUGCUGGUCUGCAGACGUAUGGCGACGUCCUGAUCCCCGUCGACUGGGGCUACGCUGUCCUGGACGAAGGCCACAAGAUCCGGAACCCAAACACAGCCAUCACAAUCUAUUGCAAAGAGCUGCGCACCCAUAACCGCAUCAUCCUGUCCGGCACACCAAUGCAGAACAAUCUGACCGAGCUCUGGUCCCUGUUUGAUUUCGUUUACCCCAUGCGCCUUGGUACCCUGGUGGCGUUCCGCAACCAGUUUGAGAUACCAAUUAGGCUGGGAGGCUACGCCAAUGCCACCAACCUACAGAUCAUGACUGCACAGAAAUGCGCAGAAACCCUCAAGGAUGCAAUAAGCCCCUAUCUCCUCCAGCGGCUGAAGGUUGAUGUCGCUGCUGAUCUCCCGAGGAAGAGCGAGCAGGUGCUUUUCUGCAAGCUGUCACAGUCGCAGCGGGAGGCAUAUGAACUGUUUCUCAAGUCGGAAGAGAUGGCGGCCAUUCUCAACCGGACGCGUCAGUCCUUGUACGGCAUUGACAUACUCCGAAAAAUAUGCAACCACCCCGAUCUGUUGGACCCCAGGCUCAAGGGCAAACCUGGCUACAAGUGGGGUGAUGACAGCAAAUCGGGCAAGAUGGCAGUCGUCAAGUCGCUGCUCCCGAUGUGGAAACGCUUAGGACACAAGACGCUCCUGUUCUGCCAGGGCGUUCAAAUGCUCGACAUCAUCGAAGCAUUUGUUCAGCGGCUGGACAAUAUCAAGUACCUGCGUAUGGACGGCAAGACGCCAGUCAAGCAGCGCCAGCUCCUCGUCGAUCAAUUCAACAACGAUCCGGAGCUUGAUGUGUUUUUGCUGACGACCAAGGUUGGCGGAUUGGGCGUUAACCUGACGGGAGCGAACCGCGUCAUUAUUUUCGACCCGGAUUGGAACCCUUCCACGGACGUCCAGGCGAGGGAGCGAGCCUGGAGGCUGGGUCAGAAGAGGGAGGUUACUAUUUACCGGCUGAUGACGGCCGGAACAAUCGAAGAAAAGAUUUAUCAUCGGCAGAUAUUCAAACAGUUCCUGUCAAACAAGGUGCUCAAGGACCCGAAGCAGCAAACAACCUUCAACCUUAGCGACCUGCAUGACCUUUUUAGCCUCAGCUCGUACGAGGAUGGUGUGACCGAAACGAGCGAGAUGUUCAAAGGCAGUGACGUCAAGAACUUCAAACGCAGCGGCCCGAAGGAACUCAUUGUGCCUGGGCACGACGCUGUUCCACUCAGGCCCCGACAAGUCGGCGCCAACAAGGACGCAGAUGAGAAGGAAGGCGAUCUUCGCAAGAUAGAUGGGGUUGCUGGCCUCGAGACGUAUGAAGACCCCUCUGCACCACCGUCCAACGAAGAGGAUCGGCUUCUGGAAGGCCUCUUUGCAAGCUCAAACGUCCACAGCGCCCUUGAGCAUGAUGAAAUCAUCAACGGCAAGAAGACGGUGAAGGCGGAUCGUAAGUUGCUCCAGCAGGAGGCUAACCGGAUAGCUGCGCAAGCAGCGCUCAGUCUCCGCCGCGCAGGCGAGCAGGCUCGGAGGGUGCCCAUUGGCACCGUGACCUGGACCGGGGAGGUUGGGGAGGCCGGCCGGCCUACCAAUAUCCGUCGCGGGCGCGGCGGGCCAAGCUCUGCCACCAUAUUGGCCGGCGUUGCAAACCGCCAAGGGCUCGGUUCAGGCAGUCCCGGCAGCUCAAGACCGGGUACGCCCGGUGCAGCUGAUCAAAAUCUCCGGGCGAAAGACUUUGAGAAAAUGAUACCGGAAUUUAUCAAGCGGCACAACGGUCAGGUGCCGUCCAAGCUGCUGGUGGAUCAUUUCAACCGAUAUUGCAGUGGUUCUCGGCAGGCGGACGAGUUCAAGUUAGCACUAGGGAAGGUGGCCAAGAUGGAGAAGCGAGGGUCCAGCAUGCGGGCGAUCUGGACUCUCAAGCCCGAGUAUCAGUAAUUCGUGGGCCAGCAUGAUGCCCAGGAUGUAGGAAUGCUACAGACGGAAGAUGAAUGCCUCCGCAGUAAACCGAGGCCUGACGGUCAUGGGUGGC